AUGUUCGGGAAUAUCAUCAACCCUCCGCCCUCCUCAUCCAAGUUCGGGUGUUGUUCUCGCGCGCUGGGCAUGCGCCCCCACCAGACUGCGUCGCUCUGGGCUCGACAGGGCGGGAGUUUCACUGUGCAAGUCACGCGGUGCCAGCGACUUCGAGCAGACGAUUGCACACAUGGCGAAGAGGAUCGCCCAACAGUAAAACUCCACACCUGGAGACAGCCAGAGACCAGCCUCACUACUGAAUUCGCCAACACAUGCGGGAUGAUAAAACCGCCGCUCUGUACCAUGGAGGUCUGGGGUAACUGA